UUAUCAUCAUCAAUAUCCAUCACACUACAUUCAUUAUUCACAAACACAGACUCAGACUCAGACGUGCUACCAAAAACAGAAAUGGCCACAAGUCUUCAUGGAGCCAAGACCAUGGCGCCACUAUCUCCCCCGCCGGGAGCUACCACCGGCCUACGGCGGGCGGCCGACCGCUUUGCGCUGAAAUCAUCCUUCUUCUCUCCAUCCGUUCACCUAUUCAUGCCAUCUCAACUCUCAACUGUCCCAACCACUGCGCCUAAAUUCUCUAUGCGUGUUGCUUCCAAGCAAGCCUACAUCUGCCGUGAUUGCGGGUAUAUCUACAAUGACAGAACGCCUUUUGAGAAGCUGGCUGAUAACUAUUUCUGCCCUGUAUGUGGUGCCCCAAAAAGGAGAUUCAGGCCAUAUGCGCCAGAUGUUUCCAAAAAUGCAAACAGCACAGAUGUUCGAAAAGCCAGGAAAGAACAGAUUAAGAGAGACGAAGCUGUUGGGCAGGCAUUGCCCUUCGCGAUAGCACUUGGAGUUGCAGCAUUGAUUGGCCUAUAUUUCUACCUCAACAGCACCAUCUAAGAUUAAUAGGAUAACUCAUUGUACUACAUUUUUGUUACACUUGUGCAUUCCUCUAUUUCAAUUCAUCUUUCAAUUCCUUUUUCA